ACGACAGCUUGAUUCAUAAAAGUCAUUCUCCAUUUCAUUUUCUUAGAUAUAUUUCCAAAAUUUAAUAUAAUUACUACGGCAAAUGGCCUCCGAUAAGGUCGAGAAAAAGCGCAAAAGAGACUCGGACAGACAUGACCGUCCUAGCAAAAAGCCUGCUAUCGAAGCGCAAAACCUGCCUCCAUUGACUGCAAGCGUACUCAAGGAUGACAAUGAACUUGCUCCUGUUCUGAUCAACGCACCCGGUCUCCAAUUCCCCAAAAAAGUCCACGGCUUCAAACCAUACACCAAAGAAUCAUCCACAUCCUCCAAAACAGCCUCCUCAUCCGGCCGAAACAAAGGCAUCGUCUCUACGGAACUCCUACUUCAAUCAUCCGAACACCCAAAACUGGACUUUGUGGGCACCGAGGCCACGGAAGACGCCGAUUCGCAAUUGAAGCAUUAUAUUGCCAUUGUGGACCCGGAGAAGAAGACAUGGCAGUUUGUCGAGGUUCGCAAGAUGACUUUACGCAGUACAGUGAAGAAGCGGAAUCCGAGUGUUGCGGCGGAUGAAGAUGAUUCUGAUGGGGCUGAUGUAUCAUACCGUGACCAGAGGAAUGCUCUCACAGAAGCAUUCGGCACAAAAGCAUCACGUAAAGCCGCCCAAUCCGAGGCUGAGAACAGCAUGCUUGCACCCGCCGGUGGCAGUAGCGCCAUUGAAUCUGCGAUUCUCUCUUCCAUGCCGUUGCAGGGUAUCGCAACUGCAAAUCUCAAGGCGCAGGAACUUCAAGCCCAGGUACAAGCUAACAAGCCUAUCCCGACUGCAAACUUAUCCGCCAUGCAUCCUUCAGAGGUAUACACCAUCGAAUCGCUGGUUGCCGGUGGCAUGUCAACUCUCAAUCAGCUUCCCAUACAGGAAUGGCAAGAUGCUGUUAAUGCCGGUGAGGCGGUUAUGAGUACAUCUCGCUACGUGGCGCAUCGUGUCGACGCAGUCGUCAAAUCGACCAACGUCACCCAUCUACAACUCCUCCGCUACAUCCUCGCUCUCAUCGAACUAACCAAAAACAUUAAAAGAGGCAAGGGAUCCGAUCCACCAGGUAGUAAACGCAUACCACUUCGAGCAGAUCUGAAAAGACUCCUAUCCGGCGGAUCGUCAGCAACGACCCAAUUACCCGAACCCGUCGUCGAAGCUAUCCGCCGCAAAUUCGCACCAGGUGGAAUCAUGAUUCGCUCAAAUAUUACACUGCUUUACACAACGCUCUGCGCAUUAACGCUUCAUAUACCACCCACCCCAACAAAGGAUGGAGGCACAAGUUCCCUGGGCGGUAACACGCCCACAGAGUUGGCGACUGAUCCAUCCGAUCUUCGCGACGAUCUUCGUCUUGAUACUGCCACGAUCACGCAGUAUUUUAAGGAGUUGGGUUGUAGAGUUGAGAAGCCAAGGGAGAGUGAAUUUGCGAAGUUCGGAAUCAAGUCUAAGGCUGAGGCGGCUAAUAAGAGGGUUUGUAAGUUGAGGAUUCCCUUGGAUUUUCCGAAGGUGUCGAGGGGUGGUGGACCGAGGCGAUGACCGGUAUGAGAAGGGGUUUGGGUUGUUUUCAUGUAUAUGUUUUAGAUUCGUUUAUUGGGUGUUGUUUGUUGGUCUUAAAAAGUACGCAGAUGAUUGAUGAAGACAAUGUAAAUCAAGUUUCAAAAAGUACUAGACAGAAUACUUCGAGUAUGUCUACCAGUAC